GGAAGGAGGCAAGAAAACAAAGAGGAAGAAGUCAUGGGACACUUUUAGUGGAGCAGGAACACGUGGGCCUCGGUUUAAAAGCCUUCUGGAUCCGAUCUUCAUUUAUUACUCAUUCAGUGACCAUCAAGCUCGGAUCGUGUUGUCUCUUUCUGUACACCUGAACUUAGAUUUCUGUACAGACAUGUUUAGUAAACACUGACUCGUCUUGCUGUUUUAUGUGCGGUGUUGGGAUAAGUGUGCUGCAAUUCCCCAUCCGACUGGGGGAAAAGCUAUAAAAGGAUGGAAAGCCCCAGGACGAGUUCACAGGCGGGAUGGAAACUCUUAAGGGAGUCGCUGCUCCUGUGCCUUUUUGCCGGCCAUGGAGAGGCUCAGUGCAGUGGCUGUGUUGAGUACUGCUGCGAUGGAGUGCCUCCUUUCUGCUGCUCAUACUACGCCUACGUGGGGGAUGUACUCUCGGGCACAGCUAUUUCAGGCAUCGUGUUUGGAGUAGUCUUUCUGAUGGGAGCUGUGGCAGCCAUAUUUUUGUGCAUUUGCAUGUGCUUGAAGAAUGGCCGUGGAGCGAGAGUGGGCGUCUUUAACACAUCAUACAUCAACACAGUGACUCAGGGCUAUCCAGGGCCACCACCUCCCUACAGCUUUGACUAUGAGAUGUAUCCCCCAGAUCUUCAGCCUCCUCCAUAUACCCCAAUGCCUCCCAGAACAGCGAACUACUCCCCACCCCCACCUUACCCCGGCUACAAUCAAAAAUAAACUUUCCUCAUGCUCACACUUGAGAAGUGGGUUGGAAAAGGCUACUUAUGAUAUAUAGAGCUGCAUUGGAAAGAACCACAAUGUUACAAAAUAUGAAAAGUUGCAUCUGGCACAUUGUGAGGAAGAAAAAUAACUCGGGGAUAUCGUGUCUGCAUUCUGUGCGUUCCAAUGACCUGACUUUGCUAAUAUGAUUUAUAUUAAUGGGGAUGUGGAUCAUUCCCAGUGUUUGUAUACUUUGGCUUUUUUUAAUGGUUUGUGUGUACAUUUGAAUGAAUGUGCUGGUGGUCUAUGGACACUUGGAUUAGUCUUUGACACAAAAUGUAGAAGCAAUGUCAUGGAUAAAGCUAUGCUCCAUUUUGGGAUUGUGACUUGAAAAGUUGUAUCUAUUUCAUGAUGAUCCAUAUUGUUCACCUGUAGGACUUUGUGCUUUCAUGUGUGAAUAGAAACCAGAUGAUACUGAUGUCAAAGGAGUAUAAGCCCAUAAAAUUCCAUAUAAUACAAUGAUUGCUGGGACGUGGUGGCUCAGGGGUUAAGGUUUUGGGCUACUGAUACCCUCAUCUGCUCAGCUGUAUCUUGUCUCAGAUGUAAGUCUCUUUGGAUGAAAGCAUCAGCCAAAUUAACAAAAUGUGAAAAAUGUAAAUAAUUGAGUGGUGUGUUCAUAAAGAGAAUAGAAAACAGAUUCGCUUUUUGAUAAACUCAUUGGGCCAUAUAAACAUACAAUGAUUUCAGGAAUAUUGGCACCCAUGGUAAUAAAAAGUUUUUUGUUGUUUAUCUUACACUGAACAUAUGAGAGAAAUAUAAUCUUUCAUGUGAGGUAAAAUUAUUUAAAGAAAAAAGAAUAAACACCCUUUAAAACUGCAUGAAAAGAAUGUAUUUUUCAUGCAUUCUCAUUCAUGUUUAAACUCUU